UUGACAGAUGUAAUCACAACAAAGCGGCACAAAAAUACUUGUUUUAGCGAGUCGAUUUCAGGAAAUAUCUAAUAAAAUGAAUUAGUUGGCUCAAAAGUUUUGAUUAGGUGAAAAUUCACGAUGCUACCGGUUUGUCGGGCUUGUGGAAAGAGUUUGACUGAUGGAGAUCAAUGUGAUAGCUUGGAAAAAUAUACCGACAUCUACUUUCACCUGACUUCUAUCAAGCUUCAAGAUUACGAAGACCCAAACAAAUCAAAAGCUUGCUCUUCUUGCAUUGGUAAACUAGAUGAUUUCGAUCGAUUUAGGAAAGUCUGUCUCGCCGUUCAUUGGUCAUUGUGCAAUCAAAUUAAAGUGGAAAGCGCGGAUGAGGAAAGUAGUCGAGAUAUAUUUGUUGAGUUCGAAUGCAAACCUGAACUCUGCGAAGAUGAGAAAAAACAAAAUUGUGCUGAGGAUAGCAUCUCAAGCGGCGGGAGCGACCGGGAAGAAACAACAAAAAGCAAUGAAGAAUCCAGUAAAUCUGAGGAGGAUACAACUGAAGGUAACGCGACGGUGGUUCUUAGAAAUGACAAAUCACGGAUAACGAGAAAAAAAUCUGCUAAAAAGGAUAAGCACAAAACUGAAGAUACAAAAGAACAACGGGCCACGCUUAGUUGCGAUCGGUGCCCCAAGAAGUUUUUUCUGCAGCCCAAACUGGAAGCCCACAAACGUACUCACGAAGGGCUUAAACCUUAUGAGUGUGAAAUAUGCCACCGAACAUUUACUGGCUUCAAUUAUUUGCGGUUUCAUCGCAGUCAGAAACACAGCGGCGAGAGAAUACUGCUGCCAUGUGAGCAUCCUGGCUGUGAACAACAAUUCUCCACUCGUUACGCCCUGAAGCGUCACACACUCCGAGCUCACGAUCCCAACUUUGUACCGGAGACGACAAUAUUUGUUUGCGACACCUGUGGGAAGACGUUCGCCUCUAAAGGCAAUCUGAAAAAGCAUCAGUAUACGCACACGCCGAGUGAAAUGCCGUUUGUAUGUGGAAUCUGUUCCAAACAGUUUCCCACCUCAAACAAACUGAAGGAGCACAAUCUGCGCCACGAGGGUGUAAAGAAUCACACCUGUCCGCAUUGUGGUUUGCGCAAAACUACUAUGCACGAGCUUCGGCAACACAUCAAACAUAUGCAUGCACAUCCGCGUUCGGUUGCGUGCGAAAUGUGUCCGCGACGGUUCAACGAUGUUGGAAGCUUGAAUGUUCACGUCAGAAUCGUGCAUCUGGGAGAGAAACGCCACAAAUGUCCGGUUUGUGAGUGGGCUUUCGGAAGAAGCGAUCAUCUGAAGCGGCACAUGAAAAGUCACAACACGAGCUGAACUGGAGCUUAGUUAUUAUAUGUUUAUUAAUUGGGUUAUUUCUAGUAGCACAAUAAAUGGAUUGUGUAAAAUUGUGUAAAAUGUAAAAUUUGCUAACAGUUGCAGUUGCAUCAGUGCGUUAUCUUUACCGAAUUUUUUUUUUUCGAGACUGUCGUUUACGGAAAUGACAAGAAAAACUAAAAAGUUUUUCCCAUUCAUUUUAAACUUGGAACAAACAAUUUUUUCUAGAUUAACAUAAUGUCGAAUAAUUAUAGCUUCCCAGGUGAUUUUGAAAUACGUUGGUCUAACAAGCCAGUCGUCAAAUG